AUGGGUUCCAUUGUCUCUCCUUCUAAUACUCCUCCAAUCGAGCUCUUAUUCCUUGGAACAGGCACUUCCUCCUCGAUCCCUCACCUGGACUGCCUGACCGCUCCGCCCAACAGAGAGCCCUGUUUGACCUGCCUCUCUACGCUGACUCCAGAAGGAAAGAAGAACAUCAGGCGAAAUACCUCCGCGGCUCUCCGCAUAUCAGGCAAGGACGGCAAGACAACAACCGUGGUCAUCGAUGUAGGCAAAAACUUUCAAGCUGCGGCGGUGGAGUGGUUUCCAAAGUAUGGAUUGAGGGAGAUUGACGCUGUCAUCAUCACCCACGCACAUGCUGAUGCCAUGAAUGGCUUGGACGAUCUCCGAGGGUGGACGCUCGGAGGCGCCAUACAAACUCACAUCGAUGUCUAUGUUUCUCUGUCCACGUUUCACGAAGUUCAAAGAUCUUUCCCUUAUUUAGUCUCGAAAGAAUUCGCAUCUGGGGGAGGUGAUGUAAGUUGUUCUUUCGUUUACUCGGUCAUUAUAUUUGAUAUGCAUCACCGCGGAAAACAGGUGCCGGAUUUUGAAUGGCACAUCAUAGAAGACAAGGUCCCAUUUGAAAUCAAGGACACGGGUGUCCAGAUUACCCCAUUCAUAGGUUGGUCAUCCCCCGUAAGACCCUUGUCAGGCACCUGCUGCAGCAACGCGCCGCCCAAGAUUCAUCCGUACUUGUGCUUUGGGUUUUUGAUUCAGGACACCAUCAUUUACAUUUCUGACGUAUCUUUGAUACCCGAUGAUACUUGGGCCCUUCUAGAGUCGGCAAAGAAACCAAUGCCAGUGUUGGUGCUCGACUGCUUGCGGUUGAGGUCCCAUAUGUCGCAUAUGGGUAUUCAGGAAGCAGUGGCUGCGGUGCGAAGGCUGAAUCCUAGCCGAACCUAUUUGACUGGGUUCAGCCAUGACAUCUCUCAUGAUGAAUAUGUAACUAUUGGCAAGGCCGCGGGGGGAGACAGCUCUAAAGAUACAACUCACAUGAGCAUCGUGGAACGUCGGGGGACGGAGAUGAUUCGAGAAGGGAAGCCCGUGUGGAUUCGGCCAUCCUAUGAUGGAUUGAGGGUAUUUGUAUCUAAUGAUGAUUCGGUCAUUGACGAGACAUACGACUGA